UACCUCGCUAAUACCGGUUCAUCCUUCCUCCAACCACAACAACCACCCCCAAAACCAUCAAAAUGAAGUCUGUCUACGCUAUCGCUGCCUUCGCCGCCGUUGUGGCCGCCCAGAGCUCCUCCGGCCUCCCUGAGUGCGCCAUUCCCUGCAUCCGCGACGCCACCACCUCGGCCACCGACUGCACCUUCGGCGACUACUCUUGCUCUUGCGAGCCUGCCAACAACGCCGCCAUCCGCGCCGCUGCCACCAGCUGCGUCAUUGACGCCUGCGGUGUUGACGUUGCCCUCAACGAGGUCAUCCCCGCCACCGAGGCUCUCUGCGCCAACCCCCCCACCUCCCCCGAGGAGCCUACCACCACCGCUGCUGAGACCACCGCCGCUCCCUCCGCCGUCGAGUCCGCCGUUGAGUCCGCCGUUGAGUCUGCUGUCGAGUCCGCUGUCGAGUCGGCCGCUCCCUCCGGCUACCCCGUCCCUGAGGUCUCCUCUGCCGCUCCCCACCCCUCGACCACUGCGGCUCCCGCUCCCAGCCACACCGGCAACGCCACCGAGCCCGCGCCCACCCACGUCGAGGUUGACGGUGCCGCUUCCCUCGGCUUCAUGGGCGUUGCCGCCAUGGUCGGUCUCGCCGCCAUUGCCCUGUAA